AUGGCACAGCAUAGUAUUGUCCUUGGAUUAUUUAUGAUGACUGUUUUAUCACUGUUGGAUGGAAGUUCAGCUUUCCUGUUAAAUCAGCGUCUGAAGGGAAGAUUUCAAAGAGACCGUAGAAACAUCCGCCCAAACAUCAUCCUUGUUCUUACUGAUGAUCAGGAUGUAGAACUUGGCUCUAUGCAAGUGAUGAAUAAAACAAGGCGGAUCAUGGAACACGGAGGUGCUCAUUUCAUCAAUGCCUUUGUGACAACACCCAUGUGCUGCCCAUCUCGCUCCUCUAUUCUUACGGGCAAGUACGUCCACAACCACAACACUUACACUAACAAUGAGAACUGUUCCUCUCCGUCAUGGCAGGCUCAGCAUGAAAUACGUACGUUUGCAGUGUACCUCAACAACACAGGAUACAGGACAGCUUUUAAUGGAAAGAAUAUGAUUAAAUAUGGUGUCUUUGGAGUGUUUGUUACGCCUGCUUACUAUGCUUCUGCUUUCUCCGCCCCUAGCUUUCUUUGGGAAGUACCUUAAUCUCGGUUUUACAACUACACGCUCUGUAGAAAUGGAGUGAAGGAGAAGCACGGAUAUGACUACUCCAGGGAUUAUCUAACUGACCUGAUUACCAAUGACAGUAUUACCUUCUUCAGAAUCUCAAAGAAGAUGUAUCCUCACAGGCCUGUACUGAUGGUUAUAAGCCAUGCUGCUCCUCAUGGCCCUGAAGAUUCAGCCCCUCAGUACUCACAUCUCUUUCCUAAUGCCUCACAACACAUCACUCCCAGUUAUAACUAUGCUCCAAAUCCAGACAAGCACUGGAUAAUGAGGUAUACAGGUCCCAUGAAACCUAUACACAUGGAGUUCACUAACAUGCUACAGAGAAAGCGCCUUCAAACACUCAUGUCUGUGGACGACUCUAUGGAGAUGAUUUACAAUACAUUGGUUGAAACGGGUGAACUGGACAAUACGUAUAUAAUAUACACAGCAGACCAUGGUUAUCAUAUUGGGCAGUUUGGGCUGGUGAAAGGAAAGUCCAUGCCAUAUGAGUUUGAUAUCAGAGUUCCUUUCUAUGUCCGAGGUCCAAAUGUGGAGGCUGGAUCCUUGAAUCCUCACAUUGUGUUGAAUAUUGAUCUUGCACCUACAAUUCUAGAUAUUGCUGGAUUGGAUAUUCCAUCUGAUAUGGAUGGUAAAUCCAUUCUAAAGCUUCUGGAUUCGGAGAGACCAGUGAAUAGGUUCCAUUUAAAGAAAAAGGUGAAGGUGUGGAGAGACUCGUUUCUAGUGGAAAGAGGUAAAUUGCUGCAUAAGAGGGAAAAUGAGAAGGUAGAUGCCCAAGAAGAAAACUUUCUACCCAAAUACCAGCGUGUGAAAGACCUCUGUCAGCGAGCUGAGUAUCAAACAGCUUGUGAACAGCUUGGCCAGAAAUGGCAGUGUGUGGAAGAUGCCAGUGGAAAGCUCAAGCUACACAAGUGCAAGGGAAUGGCGAACUUGGCAGCUGCAGGCAACAGCAAAGGCACCUCCAAUAUUUUGCUCAAGUAUUACAACAGGAAUAGCGAAGACUGCAAUUGUGAAGAGAACGAAUACAAGCUGAGCCAUGUCGGACGGAGAAAGAAACUCUUCUCCAAGAAAAAAUACAAACCAAGCUAUGUCCGGAAUCGCUCUAUCCGGUCUGUAUCUGUUGAGCUGGAUGGAGCCAUUUAUAACUUGGGUUUGGAGGACGGCUACCAACCUGUCUUACCACGAAACAUCACCAAGCGGCACAAGGUGCAGAGGGCUGUUUUUAGUGAGGAGGAAGAUAAGGACGUGGGGGAGUACAGUGGCACCGGUGGCAUUGCAGAGUACACAGCCCCUAACCUGAUAAAAGUGACUCACAGGUGCUAUAUCCUGGAGAAUGACACCGUUCAGUGUGACACAGAUCUGUACAGGUCACUGCAAGCGUGGAAGGACCAUAAACUUCAUAUUGACCACGAGAUUGAAACUCUGCAAAAUAAAAUAAAAAACCUGAGGGAGGUGAGAGGUCAUCUGAAGAAGAAGCGACCUGAAGAGUGUGACUGUAACAAGAUAAGUUACCAUUCAAAACACAAAAGCAAACUGAGGCACAAGGGCUCUAGUCUUCAUCCUUUCAAGAAAGCCCUACAGGAGAAAGACAGGCUCUGGCUGCUUAGGGAACAAAGGCGAAAGAAGAAACUGCGCAAACUGCUGAAGAGAAUAAAGAAUAAUGACACAUGCAGCAUGCCUGGUCUGACCUGCUUCACCCACGACAACCAGCACUGGCAGACUGCUCCCCUGUGGACACUGGGCCCUUUCUGUGCCUGUACCAGUGCCAACAACAACACAUACUGGUGUUUGAGGACAAUCAAUGAGACCCACAACUUCCUCUUUUGUGAAUUUGCUACUGGAUUUUUGGAGUACUUUGAUCUCAAUACCGAUCCAUAUCAGCUAAUUAAUGCAGUGAAUACACUAGAUAGAGACAUUCUCAAUCAACUGCACGUCCAACUCAUGGAACUAAGAAGCUGCAAAGGGUAUAAACAAUGCAAUCCAAGAACUAGGAACAUGGAUCUGGGACUUAAAGAUGGAAGCUACGAGCAGUACAGGCAGUUUCAGCGUCGAAAGUGGCCAGAUGUGAAGAGACCAUCAUCUGCCAAGUCACUAGGACAGCUGUGGGAAGGAUGGGAGGGCUAA